UGAAUCUUUUCGUACAUUCCGUCAAUAAUAAACUUCUCUUGCGAAACAAAAAGAAAGGAGGGAAAGGGGUCGGACGGACAUUCAGGGGUUACCUUCUCCUCCCACAGCACUCGCUUCUGCUGUGGAUGCUGGCCCCAGCGUGAUCGGCGCACAUCAAAAGCUUCAACACCUUCAUCCCAUCUCUGAAACCCCUCACAACAACAAUGCCCCUCCCCACUCCCCGCAGAGCAGCAUUGCUGCUUUGCCUCGCAGCAGUAUGCGUCUAUGCCGACAAGCACUCCUCCUCCAUAGCCUCCAUGAGCAUGCCCGAGAUCGAAGACCAGCUCCAAGAAUGUCCUCUCGUGCAAGACCUCAAUGCGUAUAAAGUCGCGACCUCGCCCCAGACAUCGAGUUUUACGUCUAGACUUUUCAAUGUCCUAUUCCCUGGCUCGCCGGCUGUCAAUGCCCUCCUUGCUACGCUCUACAUAUCUGGGCCUCCGAAUUUCCUCCUCGCGUUAUGUCCGCCGAAUAUAGACCCCUCGUCGCUAUCUGUUAUGGUCGCGUUCGCCGUUGGUGGUUUGCUCGGUGAUACGCUGUUCCAUCUACUUCCUGAAAUCUUUCUGGGAGAGGAUAGUCCCGAGCAUGUCAGAUUCGUGAUGGUGGAGCCCAACAGGAAUCUGCUGCUGGGAGUCGCGAUCAUGGUCGGCUUUGUGACGUUCGUUGCUAUGGAUAAGGGGCUGAGGAUUGCUACAGGAGGAGAAGGUAGCCAUGAUCAUUCGCAUGGGACGGUGGAGGUCGUGAAGCCAGUUGGGAAUACCAGUGCAUUGGAUGCAUCGCCUGCGAAGAGCACGAGGUCGAGGAAGAAGGAGACAAAUGGGAAUGCAAAGUUAGAGGCCGUGAAGGAGGAAAAGGAAAAGGAGAUCAAUGCCAGUGUCAAGCUGGCGGGGUAUCUUAAUCUGAUUGCCGACUUCACGCAUAAUAUCACAGAUGGAUUGGCUAUGUCUGCCUCGUUCUAUACCUCUCCAACGAUUGGAGCGACUACGACUGUUGCAGUAUUCUUCCACGAAAUUCCACACGAAGUGGGAGACUUUGCUCUCCUGAUCCAAUCUGGCUUCUCGAAACGUGCUGCGAUGGGAGCUCAAUUCGUCACUGCUUUGGGUGCAUUACUUGGCACGUUGAUCGGUAUUGCGGUGCAGGAAUAUGGCGGAAGUAGCAAGACGGGAGAUGCGAGCAGAUUCGAUGGUCUUAUGGGAACAAGUCUGUCGUGGGGUGACAUGCUGCUACCUUUCACGGCAGGGACAUUCCUGUACGUGGGUACUGUGGCAGUGAUUCCAGAGCUGCUUGAGACCGGGAAGGAUAGAGGAUUAGAGUUGAGAAAGACCGCACAGCAGUUUAUUGCUAUGGCAGCUGGUGCUGGAAUUAUGCUUUACAUCUCUUGGUCAUAGACAAUAGACAUAGAACUACACAGAUAUAUUGGCCCGGAAUAGUGUAUAAUACUUCAAGGAUGGUAGGGGAUCUGGAAUUACACGAAAGCACAUUUGGGUACGAUGUGCGUGGCAUAGCAUGAAUAAGAUCAAAAGCUUCAUACCCACUACACAGUUCAUUCUGCUUGUAACUUCAUGACAAUUUCGUUUUUAUCUCUACCUAGAAUAUAGAUUUCUGACAGUGUCUAGGCUACGAGAGACAUGAUCGAGACAACUUCGCA